GAAUUGGUGAACUUGUGCCCUCACCCCCUCCCCCCUGUGCACACUCCCCUCCCUUUCCUCCCUUGCUUGCCUGCCCGAUGACUUCCUCCUCUGCCCCGAUGGACGCCGUCAUGGACGCCCCCAGCGCCAAGCGCGUCAAGCUCUCCCCUUACACCAAGGUCAACGCCAACGGCGCCUCCUCCUCCCGGUACCGCUACCACACCGGCUUCGGGUCGCACUUCUCCUCCGAGGCCCUGCCGGACACCCUGCCCAAGGGGCAGAACUCGCCGCAGGUCUGCCCGCGCGGCCUCUACGCCGAGCAGCUGUCCGGCACGGCCUUCACCAAGCCCCGGACCACCGGCAACUUCUUUUCCUGGCUGUACCGCAUCCGCCCGUCCGUCGGGCACCGCGGCUACUCGGCCAUCAAUGCCCCCACCGAGAUUGUCGGGGACUUCUCCUGCUCGACCGUGGCCCUCCCGGUGCCGGACCAGCUCCGCUGGUCGCCCUUCCGCAUGCCGGCCGACUCGGAGGCCACGGACUUCAUCUCGGGCCUGAAGUCGGUCGCCGGUGCUGGCUCCGCGUCCGUCCGCAAUGGCCUGGCCAUCCACGUGUACACGGCCAACCGCUCCAUGGAGCGGACCUCCUUCUACAACAGUGACGGUGAUUUCCUGAUCGUCCCCCAGCUCGGUGGUCUCGACAUCCAGACCGAGUUCGGCAUGAUGGACCUGCUGCCCAACCAGAUUGCCGUCAUCCCCCGCGGCAUUCGCUUCUCGGUCAACCUCCACGACAAGCAGGCCCGCGGGUAUGUUCUCGAGGUCUUCAACGGGCGCUUCGACCUGCCGGACCUCGGUCCGAUCGGUGCCAACGGCCUGGCCAACCCCCGGGACUUCGAGUACCCGAUGGCCCACUACGACCAGGAUGCCGCCACCAAUGUCGCCGCGCCUGGGCCGGAUGGCGCCCCGACCGACGAGUGGUGGCGCGUGGUCACCAAGUUCCAGGGGAAGCUCUUCUCCGCGGCGCAGCCCUUCACCCCGUACGAUGUGGUCGCCUGGCACGGCAACUAUGCCCCGUACAAGUAUGACCUGGCCAACUUCAUGGUCAUCAACACGGUCAGCUUCGAUCAUUGUGAUCCCUCCAUUUUCACCGUGCUCACUUGCCGGAGCCUGGAGCCCGGUGUUGCUGUGGCCGAUUUCGUCAUCUUCCCCCCGCGGUGGGGUGUUGCCGACCACACCUUCCGGCCGCCGUACUACCACCGGAACUGCAUGUCCGAGUUCAUGGGCCUCAUCAAUGGCGCGUACGAGGCCAAGGCCGGCGGCGAGGAGGACGGCUUCGCCCCGGGUGGCGCGUCCCUGCACAACACCAUGACCCCCCAUGGCCCGGACCGCAACACGUUCAUCGCCGCCAGCGAUGAGAAGCUCCAGCCCCGGCGUAUCGCCGACGGCACCCAGGCCUUCAUGUUCGAGACGCACUUCAUGCUCAGCCCCACUCGCUGGGCGCUGGAGCGCUCGGGCGUCGUUCAGCCCCGGUAUGUGAGCUGCUGGGAGAACAUGCCGGUGCGCUUCAACCCCGAUGGGCUGGAGGCCAUCCGCGAGGACUCCUCCGCCUAAGGCAGGAGCCAGGCUGCCGAGCGCACAGCACAUGGCCAUCGGUCUCCCCUGUGUCGUGCUCCGACGUGCCCCCGGCGUCCUGGUUGGGCUGCACAUUGUGCUGGUUCUCCUGGCACCGCGGGACUGCCCAUGUCAUUUCACCUCUCUCCACACGGGGCUCUUUGUGCCCUGGUGCACCUGCCUCAAUCACAUCCCAUGGAAUCACAUCUUCUCGCCCCAAGGAGCA